AUGAAGAUCGUAGUAGGCCAAAUACUCGCGGAAGCUCUGGAACUCGAAAGAAGUUGCGUCCUGAUUAUGAGGCCAAGGGGAAAGAAAAGCUCAUAUAUUCAAGCGAUGGAGAUGAUGAAAGUUAUUCUGAGGGCCAAAAGGAACAAGAAUUUCGGACUGAUGAUGAUGAUUAAACUGCUGGGGAUUACAAGUGUGCCCAUCGGAGAGCAGAUAGAGGCGCUUGACUGGCUUCAUUCGCAGAGCCACGGCCAUCUUCUUCCUCGCUGCUUUUUCUCCGGCAGAGAUACGGACAACAUCUCACUAAUCGAGCACGUUAACGGCAACGGCAAUGGGAUUAACGGCCAUUCAUCUCCUCAACGGAAACUUGUCAGUGUUGCUGGCCUCGGCUCAGCCGUCUCCUUCCGCCAUCUCCGACCGUUCUCUUUGGAAGAUUGGCAUUCGAUUAAAAGGUUCCUAUCCAAAAACUGUCCGUUGAUUCGUGCUUAUGGUGCAAUGCGCUUUGAUGCGAUAUCUGAUAUAUCCCCUGAGUGGAAUGGUUUUGGUUCUUUCUACUUUAUGAUCGAGUUUGACGAGUUUGAAGGAAGUUCAAUGAUAGCUGCAACUGUUGCGUGGGAUAAUCAUCUUUCACUUCCCUAUGAACAAGCAAUUGCAGCACUCGAAGCUACACUGUCCGAGGUUUCAACACUCGUUCAGAGAAUAAAUGGUAGCUCUCAUCGUGCUGCUGUCCUCCAUCAGACUCAUGUUCCGAACAAAGCUUCGUGGGAUCAAGCUGUUAAACGAGCUUUGGACUUGAUUAGCAGGAAAAACUCCUCGCUUGUUAAGGUUGUGCUUGCACGUAGCAGUAGAAUUCUGACCACGGUUGAGAUUAAUCCUUUAGAAUGGUUAUCGAGCUUGCAGGUUGAAGGUGUUAACUCGUACCAAUUUUGUCUUCAGCCACCUGAUUCCCCUGCAUUCAUUGGGAACACUCCUGAGAGAUUAUUUUACCGAGACCGUCUAAGCGUAUACAGUGAGGCAUUGGCCGGAACUCGAGCUAGAGGAGGAACAGAAUCACUAGAUUUACAAAUAGGACAUGAUUUACUUACCAGCCCUAAAGAUCACCAUGAAUUUGCUGUCAACGUGUGCUUAAGCACUGUAGUUGAACCGAGCAAAGCUCUAAGGAAACUCCCACGCGUUCAACAUCUUUAUGCUAAGCUAACAGGCACAUUGCAGAAAGAAGAUGACGAGUUUAAGAUUUUGUCUUCACUUCAUCCAACCCCUGCUGUUUGUGGGCUUCCAACUGAAGAUGCACGAAUUCUAAUAUCACAAACUGAAAUGUUCGACCGAGGUAUGUAUGCUGGCCCGGUUGGAUGGUUUGGUGGUGCUGAGAGUGAAUUUGCCGUCGGAAUAAGAUCAGCAUUAGUAGGAAAGGAUAUCGGGGCAUUACUUUAUGCUGGGACCGGAAUAGUAGAAGGAAGCAACUCUUCUCUCGAGUGGAAGGAACUCCAACUCAAGACAUCUCAGUUUACGAAAUUGAUGAAACUCGAGGGGCCUCUAACAGCAAUAAGGGAGAAAGUUGAAAUGUACCUUGAGUAAGUGUGAAACCUUAAGGGCAUGAAAAUCGCACGUGAGCUUACCAGCGAAAGAAGUCUACUGUUAUUCGGUCCGUUUUCAGAUCUUUCUGCAAUAUAUUUUCAGGAUGUAAUAAACCUCCACGCUUGGCUUCGUCAUAAAUAGAAGGAAGAAACAAUACUCAUGAUGUACAAACAAACACAUACAAGUCUUUUUUUUUCUUGUUUUUUGUCCCCAAAUAAAUAGAACAAUGUAAAUAUGCAGAAGCAUAUAGGAUUCUCUGUGUAAUUUAUGUUAUCUUCAAAUAAAUCUGGUUUAGUGGGGCUUUUCUUGUUCAAUAGUAUAUGGUUUAGUUAGUUGCUUACAUUGUUGCCAGAAUAAAGAUACACUUUUGGAAUGAAAAGUAUAGAGAUUUGUUUAGAGGUACUAUUUGAUCCAAGUCGAGUACCUUAUAUUUGUUAAUAAACAAUAUUAAUUAUCUGUUGGAG